AUGAUGAAGGAAACACUCGAGUUCCUGAAGGCGCAGUCGCAAAGGGAUCCCAAGUUUACGUACGAGAUCUUGAUCGUCGAUGAUGGAUCGCAGGACUCGACCGUCCGGGUUGCGCUCGAGAUGGCUCAAUUGGAGGCCAAUGUCGAUAUUCGGGUGCUGAGCUUUGAGAAGAACAGGGGAAAGGGUGGCGCUGUGAUUCAGGGCAUGCAAUACACGCGCGGAGAGUACAUCUUGAUGGUCGACGCUGAUGGCGCGACUCGGUUCUCGGAUCUGGAGCAGCUGGAGGUCAAAUUGAAGCAGGCUGAGAAGAACGGACUUGGUGUCGCUGUCGGAUCUAGAGCUCACUUGGUUCAAACGGAUGCUGUUGUCAAGCGCUCGUUUAUUCGAAACUUUUUGAUGCACUCGUUUCACAAGGUCGUGUAUAUUCUCGGCAUCCGCGGCAUCGAGGACACGCAGUGCGGCUUCAAACUCUUUACACGCAAGGCAGCCCAGGCGAUCUUCCCGAACAUGCAUGUGGAGGGCUGGAUUUUUGAUAUCGAGGUGCUCAUGAUUGCUCAGCAGCUCCGGAUCCCGAUCGUCGAGGUGCCCGUGGCCUGGCAGGAGAUUGAUGGAUCAAAGGUCUCGUUGAUGAGAGACUCUAUCCAGAUGGCACUCGAUCUGUUGAUCAUUCGGAUGAAUUACAUUUUUGGCAUCUGGGCCAUUCAACCGCUCAAGUCCGCAUCGGUAUCAUCGGAUCAGGAUGCCGCAAAAACGAAAUAA